AUGGCAAAUGCUUCUUUAACUCCAUUCUUCUACGCGGUAUUCUAUAUGAGACCUUCUGAUGCCAUCGGCAUUUAUCUGAAAUACAUCACCCCGUUCAGUGGCCGUGCUAAGCUUAUCUCGCCCCCUGUCGCAUCCUCUACCAACGCUGGCGAGGGUCUGAGCUGGUUCGGCGAGUUCAUUUCCGGCUGCAGCUCGUGCGGUAUCGCUGGUUUUACUGUGCACUACGCUGAUGAGUUAACAUUAUUCGUCACCGAGGCUGUCGCUGCUGCUGCUCAAUACGGUCUUACGGAGGUCCAGCUUACUGAGUUGGCUCUCUACGCUGACAUUAACGGUAUCGCCGAUGUUUCUGUCACCCAGACUUUCCUUGCCAACGUCAUUCCUUUCCUUGGGAGCACUGACGGCCUUACUCGCUACGCCUACUUCAUGUGUGCUGAGAACUACAUCUUGACCAACGGCGCUCUUAACUCUGUCGGAUCCGCCUACCUCUCAUAA